AUGUACCAGAGCUUGGCCAUGGCCGCCAACCACGGCCCCCCUCCCGGGGCCUACGAGGCGGGCGGCCCUGGCGCCUUCAUGCACAGCGCGGGCGCUGCCUCCUCUCCCGUCUACGUGCCCACGCCGCGGGUGCCCUCCUCGGUGCUGGGCCUGUCCUAUCUCCAGGGCGGAGGCGGGAGCGCCGCGUCCGGAGCCACCUCUGGUGGCAGCUCCGGCGGGGCCCCGGCGGGCGCCGGGCCCGGAACCCAGCAGAGCAGCCCGGGCUGGAGCCAGGCGGGGGCCGAGGGAGCGGCCUACACGCCCCCGCCUGUGUCCCCGCGCUUCUCCUUCCCGGGAACCACCGGGUCCCUGGCUGCCGCCGCCGCCGCCGCCGCCGCCCGGGAAGCCGCGGCCUACAGCAGUGGUGGCGGAGCGGCGGGCGGCCUCCCCGGCCGCGAGCAGUACGGGCGUGCGGGCUUCGCAGGCUCCUACUCCAGCCCCUACCCAGCCUACAUGGCCGACGUGGGCGCGUCCUGGGCCGCGGCCGCCGCCGCCUCCGCCGGUCCCUUCGACAGCCCGGUGCUGCAUAGCCUGCCCGGCAGGGCCAACCCCGCCGCUCGACACCCGAACCUCGUAGACAUGUUUGAUGACUUCUCAGAAGGCAGAGAGUGUGUCAACUGUGGGGCCAUGUCCACCCCGCUCUGGAGGCGCGACGGGACGGGGCAUUACCUGUGCAACGCCUGCGGCCUCUACCACAAGAUGAACGGCAUCAACCGGCCCCUUAUCAAGCCCCAGCGCCGGCUGUCUGCCUCCCGCCGAGUGGGCCUCUCCUGUGCCAACUGCCAGACCACCACCACCACCCUGUGGCGCCGCAAUGCCGAGGGCGAGCCCGUGUGCAAUGCCUGUGGCCUCUACAUGAAGCUCCAUGGCGUCCCCAGGCCUCUUGCAAUGCGGAAAGAGGGGAUUCAAACCAGAAAACGGAAGCCCAAGAACCUUAAUAAAUCUAAGACACCAGCAGGUCCCUCGGGUAGUGAGAGCCUUCCUCCCGCCACCAGUGCUUCCAGCAACUCCAGCAACGCAGCCACCAGCAGCAGCGAAGAGAUGCGCCCCAUCAAGACAGAGCCCGGGCUAUCGGCCUACCAUGGGCACAGCAGCUCCAUGGCCCAGACGUUCUCAGUCAGUGCGAUGUCUGGCCACGGGCCCUCCAUCCACCCAGUCCUCUCGGCCCUGAAGCUCUCCCCACAAGGCUACGCAUCUUCUGUCAGCCAGUCACCGCAGGCCAGCUCCAAGCAGGACCCUUGGAACAGCCUGGCCUUGGCUGACAGUCAUGGGGACAUAAUCACUGCAUAA